AUGCUUAUAAAGGAGUUGUCUUUGGACAGCUACAAGGGCCAAGCAAAAUGCCCCUGCAGCCAAAGCAGUGAAGUCAAACUUACGAAUUUUAUUUCGGGAAGACAAACUUCAGAUACUCUUCACAAACAAUCGGUUCCAAUAAAAUGCUCGGAAUCAUCGUGUUGUGGGGCUCUUAUGAGUGGUCAGUCAACAGUUCCAGGUGAAAGGUCGACUGAAGAAAUAUUAGAGGAAGCGUCUAAAUUUCUGGAACAGUACAUUGCAUCUUCAAAGAGCUCAACUGCAGACGAUUUCCAUAACCGUAUGAAUCAAAUUCAGCUGGAAGUGCGUACAACCGGUACCUAUCAGUUGACAUUCGAAGAACUUACGUUUGGUGCAAAACUCGCUUGGAGAAAUGCUUCUCGUUGCAUUGGAAGAAUUCAGUGGAAUAAACUGGAGGUUCAAGAUUGCAGAAAUGUUCAGUCUACCCGAGAAAUGUACGAGGCUCUUUGUAAACACCUUCAGUAUGCUACUAACAAUGGCAAUAUCAGAUCUAUGAUAACUGUUUUCCCUCAAAGUGUUCCAGGGAGGGAAGACUUUCGACUUUGGAAUCCACAGUUGAUUAAUUUCGCUGGAUAUGUUCAACCAGAUGGAUCCGUUGUUGGAGAUCCCGGAAGAGUACAGUUUACAAGAGUAUGUAACAGGUUAGGAUGGAAAGGUAAAGGAGGCAGAUUUGAUCUACUUCCAUGGGUUGUUUCAGCCCCAAAUGAAGAGCCUAGAUUUUACGAAAUUCCCGAAGAGUUGGUUCUCAUGGUUCAAAUUGAGCAUCCAAAUUAUUCCUGGUUUAAGGAUCUCGAACUAAAGUGGUAUGCUUUGCCAGCUGUGGCAGACAUGAUGUUGGAUGUGGGAGGAAUCGCUUUUACAGCUACCCCUUUCAAUGGAUGGUACAUGGUAACAGAAAUUGGAGCUAGGAAUCUCUGUGACCCUCAAAGAUACAACAUCACAAAGGAGGUUGCUGAAAAAAUGAACUUAGAUACGGCAUCACCGUUGUCUCUUUGGAAAGAUACAGUAGUAGUGGAAGUCACUAAAGCAGUUCUUUACUCAUUUCAGAAAAAGCAAGUAACAAUUAUGGAUCAUCACACUGCAGCUGAGACUUUUAUGCAACAUAUGAAGACGGAACAGAAACUUCGUGGAGGUUGUCCGGCUGAUUGGGUGUGGAUUGUACCACCAAUCAGUGGCAGCAUUACGCCUGUCUUCCACCAAGAAAUGAUUUGUUAUAAUCUCAAGCCAAGCUAUGAGUACCAAACUAAGGCGUGGACUACUUACAAGUGGCCUAAAAGGAGCGAAAUGAAAGUAAAAUACCCAUUGAAGAUUAUCGCAAAGGUGGUGCAUUUGUGCUUGCAAAUGAUGUCGAAAGUUCGCGUUGGCAGAAUCACAGCUACCAUCCUUUAUGGCACAGAAACGGGAAAAUCAAAAACUUUUGCCAAGAGGAUAGAGAUGGUUUUACAAUCUUCUUUUAAUACCAGGACCUUUUGUAUGGAAGAUUAUAAUUGCAAUGAUCUCUCUUCUGAAAUUUUUCUGGUUGUGAUCGCUAGUACUUUCGGAAACGGAGAACCACCAGAAAAUGGCAAAACCUUUUUGCAGUAUCUUAAGAAAAUGAAAGAAAGUAGGGGGACGUUUCUGCAAAAACUCAAAUAUGCAGUAUUUGCUUUGGGCUCCAGUCAAUAUCCUAACUUUUGCAAUUUUGGGAAGAUUGUUGAUGAACUGUUGUCCCGUUUAGGCGCAACUGCCGUUCAACCACUGACCAAAGGUGACGAACUUAGAGGUCAAGAACAUGAAUUCAAUACUUGGGUGCCUGAAAUUUACAAGAAAUCUUGUAGAAGCUUUGAGCUUGAAGUUACUGACGACAUGAUGCCAUCUAUGAUAUAUAUGAAUAACUGGAAAGCCGGUCACUUUCGGUUGACACCUCUAACAAAUAUUAAAGACUCUGAUUUUCUUUCUGAUUUGUCCCAACUUCAUAACAGGAAACUAUUUUCUGUGAAAUUUCUUUCGAAAAGAAAAUUGCAAGCAUCUUAUUCAGAACGGCAGACAUUUUUGAUUUGUCUAAAAGCUACCAAUGCUUCCUUCUUGAACUAUGAGCCUGGAGACCACAUAGCCAUUUUCCCAAGAAAUCCAUCCAUAAUUGUAAAUUCCAUUUUGAAAAAGAUAGACACCCAAGAACAACUUUCAAACGAUACUUUUCAGCUGGAGUACUUGAAAGACGACACUUGGCAUCCAUGUCAGAAACUUCCGAUCGCCACUCUCAGUACUUGUCUUAGCAGGUAUUUGGACAUCACAACUCCUCCUUCGAGCGGCUUCCUUCGUCUUUUGAGUGAGCUAGCCGACAGUCCUUGGGACAAAUACCGGCUCAAAAGACUGUCUGAGGUUGCGGACGAUUAUGAAGAAUGGAUAUCAUUCCGAUACCCACAUCUUUUGGAGUUACUGGAGGAAUUUCCAUCCGUUCGACCUGAUCCUACCCUAUUGUUGUCAGAACUUCCCUUGUUGCAACCCCGAUAUUACAGCAUUAGUUCUUCCAAGAAAGUCAACCCAGAUGAAGUACACCUUACUGUCGCUCUUGUGACGUACAGAACUCAAGACAAUAAAGGUCCAAUUCAUCAUGGAGUUAGUUCUACAUAUCUAAGUGAAAUUCCUGAUGAAGAAAUACCUUGCUUUAUACGAAGUGCGCCAUCAUUUCAUCUUCCAGAAGAUCCUACAGUUCCACUGAUUCUAAUUGGUGCUGGAAGCGGCAUUGCACCCUUUCGUAGUUUCUGGCAACAAAGAGACGCCAUGAAGCGCUUUGAAGAAAAAACUAUUGGGGCAAUGUAUCUGUUCUUCGGAUGCCGCCAUCAAGAAUUCUAUCAAAUUUUUAAAGAAGAAUUGGCAUCAAUGCAAAAGAAGGGCGUCAUUGAACGAAUAUUUCCUGUAUUUUCAAGAGAUCCAAAUCAAACAGAGAAAUACGUACAGCACAGACUGGAAAAGGAGUCUAAAUUGGUACUGGAUGUACUACAAAAAGGAGGACACAUCUAUGUAUGUGGGGAUGCUGUUAUGGCUGCUGAUGUGAGAAAAACUAUGGAACACAUUUUGUCUGUCAGUGAUCAGAAUAUUGAUGCACUAUCCGAAGUUGGUCGAUAUCAUGAAGAUAUAUUUGGUGUGCUGCACAGGAGAUAAUAGUUUUGAAACUCAUAAAUCAACUAUUUUUAUCUAUUUCUAUACGAUAUAAUCUGAGCUUGAAGGAAUGCUGAGCUUCUAAAGUUAUUGUUAGUGCAUUUGCUUUAUUUCUCGAAAUGCUGACUUUAUUUUUAAAAAUGAAAUACUGUGAUAAACCUAC